AUGAAAUUGUCACACACACGCCCAUCUAGUCUGCAGUCAACUUCCUUUGUUGAACCUCACAGCACAGCAGAUAUAUGACUCAGCUCGGCGACACAGCCUCUACAUGUGCAACUCAAUGGAAAAUGUGGCUUAUCAAGGUCCUCGGUGUCAUUUAUUUCACUGCUGUUUGUGCAGCUGAAGAUGUCACAGACACGUACAGAAAUGUUCCUCCAACCUCUCCUGUGCCAGAACCGACUACAGCUGUCUAUGAGCCUCCCACACCAUCUCUGCAUCUACAGUCAACCUGGUUGGAGGUGUUCCCCUCUGAGAAAGUGGAGCUCUAUUGUAAUAUGACUGACAGCUCUGACUGGACCAUCAACUGGCACAGAAAUGGAGUUCAAGUGAAAAAUUCAGAUCCAAAUGUGACUUUCUCUGCAGAGAACUCAAUACUUAUGAUCACUGAAGCAUCAAAUACGCAUUCUGGAAAUUAUUCCUGUAAAGGUCAACACAAGUCAAAGAGCUUUUCUACUCAAGACAGCAACUCACUCAGCAUAACAGUCAAUGAAAACAAGCUCAAACCUACUCUGAGCCGACAACCCAACUAUAACAAGAUGUUCCCUGGAGAGACUGUCACCUUCACAUGCAGGGUUGAUAUAGCCUCUGGAUGGGAAUUUCUGUGGUACCAUAAUGAAAAUGAAAUUGCAGCAUCUAAUACUGAUACUUAUAUGAUAAAGGCUAUAACUCUUUCUAACAGUGGACAGUACCACUGCAAGGCCAAGAGAGGCCCAUUCUACACAGAAAAGAGUGACCCAAUGUCUCUGCAGGUCUCUGCAAAUGAUCCAAUAUCAACAAUAAGCAAGAACCCUGCUUUUGACCCAAUGUAUGUUGGAGAAAAAGUGACCUUCACUUGCAGUGUUGAUGUGGACUCUGACUGGAAGUAUCAGUGGUACAAAGAUGGAGAGGAACUCCCAUCUUCCACUGAAAAAACCCUCAUCAAAACUCUCAGACUGUCUGAUAUGGGGAACUACUCAUGCAUUGCCACCAGAGGUGCAACAUCAACAGCACCGAGUGAAGAAAUGCUACAAGUUUAUGCAAUUCCUCAACCAUUUUUGAAGCCUGAGACUCCAUGGUUGGAUGUGUUCCCAACCGAGGGUGUGAAGUUGAGCUGUGAGAUGGACAGCAGCUCUGGCUGGAAGUACAUAUGGUCCAAAGACAAACAGAGGGUCGAGGCUGAUGAUACUGUGUCCUUUGGCCAGGAUGGAGCUACUCUUUCCAUCCUUUCUGCUUCAGCUAAACAUAAGGGAAACUAUACCUGUGAGGGACACCUCCAGGACAGGUCUGUCAGCAGCAGUCCUAGUUUUGAACUUAGUCUCACAGUGUAUGAUGAGAAACCCAGAGUCACACUGACACAAUAUCCAGAGUACACUGUGAUGUUCCCUGAGGAAUCAGUCUUCUUCAGUUGUCACAUUAUCGUCUCCUCUGGAUGGGAGUACCAGUGGUACAAAGAUGGUGCUCAACUCUCCCAAUAUGGAAACAGUCAUAACAUCAGUUUUGUUGGGACAAAAGACACUGGUUCAUAUACAUGCCAAGUUAAAAGAGGAAGGGAUAUGGUCUUCAAGUCAGACCACAGUCAGGCCGUAAGGCUCAAAGUUGAAGAGAAAAGGCCUAAGCCCGUGAUGACUCAGGACCCAAAUGAUAAGAAGGUGUAUGCCGGAGAGACAUUGUCCUUCGAAUGUAAAGUUGAAAUCUCCUCUGGUUGGGAGUAUCACUGGUACAAAGAUAAUACAACGCUCCAGGUUUCUGGCAGUAGUUUUAAAAUCUCCAGUGCCAGUUCAUCAAACAAUGGGAAUUAUAUGUGCAUGGCCAAAAGAGACAAAUCAAUGUACCACACAGAGCACAGCGAUGGACAGAACUUACAAAUAUCUGAAAUUCCUGUUCCAUCCUUGAAGCUAGAAACCCCUUGGCUCGAUGUGUUCCCUACUGAGAGAGUGAAUUUUAGCUGUGGGAUGGAGGACAACUGGAUAUAUACGUGGUACAAAGACGGAAAGCCGAUCCAUGCUGAUGGUACUGUGUCUACUUACUCGGAUGGAGCCACUCUCAACAUCACGUCUGCUGCAAUCUCACAUAGUGGACAGUACAGCUGCUCAGGAAAACUCAACUCAAAGACAAGGUCUGUCACCAGCCACACCAGCCCUGGAGUAACACUCAGUGUUUACGACACAAAACCCAAACUUACACUGAUGCAGAAUCCCGACUACGAUGUGAUGUACACUGAAGAUUCAGUCUUCUUCAGCUGUCACAUUAAUGUCUCUAGUGGAUGGGAAUACCUGUGGUACAAAAAUGGCGCUCAACUCUCCCAAUCUGGAAACAGUCAUAACAUCAGUCUUCAGACAAAAGACACUGGAUCAUAUACAUGCCAAGCUAGAAGAGGAACAGAUACGGUCUUCCUUUCAGACCAGAGUCAGCAAGUAGUGCUCGAUGUCAAAGAGCGCCCACAGGCUAAGAUAAUCCUGUUAACCGGCUGGUCAGAGGUCUUCUCCACUGACAGCUUGGUGCUCCAAUGUGCGGUGCAGGAUAGCCAGGACACGUGGAACUACACAUGGUCUAAAGAGACAGAACAAAUCAAUCAGCUGCCCUCUGAGAGACAUACAGUCACACCCCAGAAUGACCCAGACCAGAGCCUGUACACCUGCCAAGGCAUCCGUGCUGGGAGACCAUCUUAUUCCAAGCACAGUGAUUCUUUCAAAACCAAGAACCUUCUUUUGAAGAGGAGAGUGCUUCUCUCCAUCUCCGGCUGUCUCUUCUUUGGCCUCAUCGCCGUCCUGCUUGGAUGCAUUGCCCUCAGAUUCUUCCGCAAACCAGUAGCUGGUGAUGAAGACAACCCAGAAGAGAGCAACCUGUUUCUCACCAUGGCUCAGCUAAAGAACCGUUCUGACGCACCUUGUCCACUGGUUCAGUACAUCACCGAUGCAUCUCUGAAUGAUGCAUCUAAAGAAGGGGAUGAGAAUGGCACAGUUUGCAAUGAAACAACACCACUACCCAUAACCACAGAGGAGGACCAAGCUGUGACGACUGACAGCCAUGAAACAGAAGAAAACGGUGGACUGGUUUCCUUCAAAUAAUGAGUCACUGAGGAUGCAUUUACGUCAUCAUAGCAGAUAAUCAUUAUCAGACUGAAAGUCUGUAGUUUUGCUUCAGCCUUGUGAAGCUUUAAUUCUCAACAUGCACCAGGAAACAAACUUUUUGAAUAUAUGAAAGCCAGAGUGACAGUUUUACUAGUGUGAAAUGCUUAUCACUUGUGGUCGGAAAAAAAUGAAAAAAGAAAAAGAAAAAAAAAAAGAAGCAAA